AUGCAAACACUCCCUAUUGAAAUUCUCACUGAACACAUCUUUACUCUGAUAAUUGAUUUCAAUGAUCAAAAAUUCGGAGAGCAAAUUUCCAACCUGUGUCUCGUGUGUUCGGAAUGGGCAAAUUGUUUCUACAAUAUUUCAUCAUCAUCAUCAGCAGAGAAUGGUGAAUUAUUUUGGAGAGUCAAGCUUGACUCAUUAAAUAAUAAUAAUUUAAAUAAUAAUAAUUUAAAUAAUCAUGAUGAUGAUGAUAAUUUAAAAUUAUUGAAAAAUAAGAGAGAUUUCAAUUUUAGAGAAUUAUUCAUCCUACAAACAAUUCCAAUCUUGGAUUUUCCAUCAAAUGAACGGGUAUCAUUUACUGGACCUGUGGGAACUGAUCAGUUAUUCUAUUCUGGAAAUUUCCAAAGUUGUAGAAUUUUGAAUGAGAAUUCUCAAGGGCUAUUGGCUCUCCAUAAAAGGAUAAUGACGAAUUGUUUACAAAUUCUGCAUGAUGGAAAGGGGAAACACUUAUCAGAUUCAUCUUAUUCGUUAACAUUUCUAAGAAAUUGCAAAAUUAAUGCAUUUUCAUUGGUUGGUCAGAUUGUAGAUUGGAGGAGUGAAUUUGAAUUUGAAUAUGGAAGAAUUUAUAAUGAGAGAGUGGCGAAACCCUACUCUGAAUUCAUUGUUAAUUGGGAUGUAAGAGCAGUUCCAGGAGAUUUCAUAGUCUCUACGACGGGUGAUUUGAUUGAACGAUUGAAGAAUGCAGUGCAAUGUGUGGAAACUAGGAAUGAAAAGGUGGAUGAGUACUAUUAUUUUGUCAUGAGGAAAGCUCUUUAUGAAACCUUACUGAAUAGAAAUGUGCAAUUGGUAAAGAUAAAUGAUAUGACUCGAUUGGAUGAUGAAGAGGAUGAAUAUGAAAUGAAUGCUCCACAAGAGCAAUUUCAAAUACCAUUCCCAAAAAACUUUGAUGAAUUGGAAUCAUUUCUUCAGGAUAAUUCAGUUUUAAUAUUAAGCAAUCCUUUGUGCAUAACAUAUCCAUGCUCUUGUGAUGUUUUUACAUUCAUGAUAUUUUCCAAAGUUCAGAAAGGACAUGCAAUUUUCCUGAAUAUUGAAAGUACUUCAUAA